AUGUCGCUAAUCGCGGUGCAAACAGGAGAGACGGAAAUCAUUAUGGGCACCAAGAACAUGUGGACAGAAUUCCACCCAAAGACGGAAGAUCAGGGCAUCGCUACUCAUGUUUACACGGCAUUCAGUCCGGACAUCAAGAGUCACAACGGACAGUAUUUUAAUGACUGCCGCAUCGCCGACCAGUACGAUGAGGAAAUCUACCCCUGGGCGAACAACAAGAUUGAGGCGGAUAGGUUGUGGAAGUUGAGCGAGAAGCUUGUUGGUCAGGAAUUCAACUACUAG